AAAUUCCAACUUCUGUUGCUGCGCCUGUAACCGCGUGUUUUUAUCACUCACAAUAGCACAAUUGCUUCUGAUUCCUGAAGAAGAAGAAGAUUUGUUUCAAUUCAGCUGUAUUUUGUGUGUGAAUCUGAUGUUCCCAAUGGCAUUUUCUUCAGUUUUUUCGGCCCCUUUGCAUACUCUUUCGCAAGCUAAUAAGCUGAACUUCACUCCAAACUCUGUUUACCCUGUCACGGGUUCUAUUGUUUCAUCAAUCAAAACCAACUUUGGAUCAUCAAAAUCAGCUUUUUUCCAACAUGGGUUUUCUCUUCCAUCUUCUAAUCUUUCAGGGUUUCUGUUAAAGUCUUCAUCUUUCAGCACAAUCAGUGCUAGAGCUGCCACAGAGAAAAGCAUUUAUGAUUUCACUGUGAAGGAUAUUGAUCGGAAUGAUGUUUCACUUAGCAAAUUCAAAGGGAAGAUCCUUCUGAUUGUCAAUGUAGCAUCAAAAUGUGGCUUGACAACAUCAAACUACAAAGAGCUAUCUCAUAUAUAUGAGAAGUACAAAACUCAAGGGUUUGAAAUUCUAGCCUUCCCUUGUAACCAGUUUGGAGGGCAAGAACCAGGGUCAAAUCCAGAAAUUAAACAGUUUGCCUGUACAAGGUUUAAAGCAGAAUUUCCAAUUUUUGAUAAGGUGGAUGUUAAUGGACCAACUACUGCCCCAGUCUACCAGUUUUUAAAGUCAAAUGCUGGAGGAUUAUUGAGUGAUUUGAUCAAGUGGAAUUUUGAGAAGUUUCUAGUUGAUAAAAAUGGCAAAGUUGUUCAAAGAUAUCCACCUACGACAUCUCCUUUCCAGAUAGAGAAGGAUAUCCAGAAGCUACUUGCAGCAUAAGCUUUCAACCGCUCCAUUGAACCAGCUAUGUAGCUACUGGGCAAAGGAUAACCGUACUCGAGUAUCACAUCAUUUGGAAUAAGCACUAGAUCCUUGAGAUUUUUUUUUACUUUCUGCCGCCCUCUUUCUUCAAUGAAAUGCUCCUCGAGUACUGGUGUAGAACAUGUUCGUGGGUAAACAGUAUAAUUCCAUUUCAACACCAACCAUAUAGCCCUUUUAUGUAAAGCUAAUGUGAUAUGAAUAAGAGCUCGACUUUUCCUACCAAGAUUGCUUAAAAGGUUAUGUGACAAGCUGCUGCUAGUAUUUUCAGCUAAUGACGCGACCAUCUGAUUUCCUUGUCAGAAGUUGUCUUGGCAAUUAAAAACAAUAACAGCUUUGUUAACAUUUUCCGAACAACAGAUUGUCUUGUGAACAGAUUAACUGAAAUGUAAAAUAUCUGCCUACUGGUUGUAGCAAUGAAACAAAAAUUUAUGG